AAACCCUAUAAAAUUACAAAUAUUCUCUCGUCUCCCUCCUCCUACAGAAAGCUUGUUUAAUUAAUAUUUCAACAGCCAGAGGCCAUUCUUGAUUUGGUUUCUGUAUAGCCAUUUAGAUCUGAUCACUGAUUUUUAUGCCAUUCUUUUGUCUAUCCCACAGAAAAUUUACAACCCCAUAUAAUUGGACGCUCCCUAAAAUUGUUCUCUCUUCCUCUUUCUGUUGAGGUUGCUUUGAAUCUCCAGUCUUCAACGAACCAAAACUGGUUGAUCUGAUUGGUUAGUUACUGCAGACUGGUUUGGAUUUUACUCAGUUGUGUUCAAUUCUCUUAAUUUGAGACAGUGAAGGGUGAUUGGGAAUUGUAAUUCUUCUGCGUAACUGAAUUGUGUGGAUUGUUGAUUCGUAAUUAGGAUUGGAAUUCAGGUCCCUUGGACUCUGCUUGAUGGUUGUUAUGUAGUAAACUUAAGUUGUCUUCUUGGAUUUUGGAUAAUGUGAGUGCUGAUUGGUAUGAUCUCACUGUGAAACAUCUCCAGGAGGUUGUUUUCAAUGCUUGUAGGAAUUGUGCGGAUUCGUGGUAACAUAUAUAGAAGCUUAUAUGUUAUGAUAGGUUAUGGUUUUCGCUGUUCUUGGAGAGACAUCGGUUAUUUAGUGGAUUCUGUUUCCUCUUAAAACAAUUUGGACAUGAGAAGCCCCUGGCUCAAUAAACUAUCUGUGAUUUUCGGCCCUAGACUGCCGCAUAGUUGGUUGCUGUUGUGCCUCAUUUGUGUGCUUGCACUAAUCGCUAUCUUAGGAUCCUCUUCUUCAAGUACAUUUGAUUCUGUGACUAAAAAUCCAGUUCGUGACACUUAUUCCAACUAUAGAAGGUUAAAGGAGCAAGCUGCAGUUGAUUAUUUGGAGCUGAGAACUCUCUCAUUAGGAGCCAGUCGGCAAAAAGAGUUGGGACUUUGUGGUAGAGAAAGAGAAAAUUAUGUGCCUUGUUAUAAUGUUUCAGCAAAUUUGUUGGCUGGGUUUAAAGACGGGGAGGAGUUUGAUAGGCAUUGUGAAUUGUCAAGACCAAGACAAUGGUGUUUGGUUCGCCCCCCAAAGGACUAUAAGAUCCCCUUAAGUUGGCCGGUUGGUAGGGAUGUGAUAUGGAGUGGUAAUGUGAAGCUCACCAAAGACCAGUUUCUUUCAUCUGGAAGCAUGACCAAAAGGUUGAUGUUACUGGAAGAGAAUCAAAUUGCUUUCCACUCAGAAGACGGGUUGAUUUUUGAUGGUGUCAAAGAUUAUUCUCACCAGGUUGCAGAGAUGAUAGGUUUAGGAAGCGACUCAGAAUUUCAUCAAGCUGGUGUGCAAACUGUACUAGAUAUUGGUUGUGGAUUUGGUAGCUUUGGAGCUCAUUUGGCAUCACUGAAGUUAAUGGCCGUAUGUGUUGCGCCAUAUGAAGCAACUGGCAGUCAAGUUCAGCUGGCCCUUGAGAGAGGUCUCCCAGCAAUUAUUGGAAAUUUCAAUUCACGGAAACUUCCAUAUCCAUCAUUGUCAUUUGACAUGGUUCAUUGUGCUCAAUGUGGUAUUAAUUGGGAUGAAAAAGAUGGUAUUCUCCUUAUUGAAGUUGAUCGAGUUCUCAAGCCUGGAGGUUACUUUGUGUUAACCUUACCAACAAGCAAGCCCCAUGGGAGUGCAUUGAACUCAAAGAGGAGAAACAGAGUGACACUGAUAGAAGAAUUAGCUGAAAAAAUAUGUUGGACUCUUCUAUCUCAACAGGAAGAGACUUUUGUCUGGCAGAAAACCGUAGAUGUCAAUUGCUAUAAAUCUCGCAAGCAGGAAACUCCACCAUUAUGCAACGAUGCACAUGAUACUUCACCAUAUUAUCAACCCCUUGUGGCAUGUAUAGCUGGGACCACCAGCAAACGCUGGAUUCCCAUUCAGAACAAGUCUUUGGGUUACCAUUGGAGCUCAGCUGAACUUCAAGUUCAUGCAGUUCAGCCUGAAGAUUUCUUUGAAGACUUACAGGUUUGGGGAUCAGCUCUAAGAAACUAUUGGUCUUUGCUUACACCCUUAAUUUUCUCUGACCACCCUAAGAGGCCAGGCGAUGAAGAUCCAUUACCUCCAUAUAACAUGAUACGUAAUGUGAUGGACAUGAAUGCUCACUAUGGAGGUUUAAAUGCUGCAUUUCUUGAGCAAAAGAAAUUAGUGUGGGUGAUGAAUGUCGUACCUGUUUGGGCUCAUAACACACUUCCUUUCAUUCUUGACCGAGGUUUUGCUGGUGUUCUGCAUGACUGGUGUGAGCCUUUCCCUACAUACCCCCGUACAUAUGACAUGCUUCAUGCCAAUGGGCUUCUCUCGCAUCUCAGUUCAGAGAGGUGCAGCAUGAUGGACUUGCUUUUAGAGAUGGAUCGAAUUCUACGCCCUGAGGGAUGGAUUGUUCUUUCUGAUAAAUUGGGAGCUAUUGAGAUGGCACGGGCACUUGCUACACAGAUACACUGGGAAGCGAGGGUGAUUGACUUACGGAAUGGUAGUGACCAGCGGCUACUUGUUUGCCAGAAACCAUUUGUGAGAAAAUGAUUGAUCUAUCAUCAUGGGGUCUCACCAUCACCAAAGUGUACAAACCUUUUUGCUCUGGUCAUGAAUAUUUUUGAUAGCAUCACUGUGUGGCUUGGGGAAGAUGUAGAGUUAGAAGGGAGGCUGGCUGCACAAGUAGCUGCGAAGCAUGAAAAUUUUGUCAAGGCAUUUGUAGUAAUUCAUUCAUCAUUUUUUUCAAAACAAAAUUCUUUCUGUUGAUCAUUUUCCUUUUUCCCUUUUCUUUAAGUAUUGGACAUAGUUACUCCAUAUUGGACAUUCACUUCAGUCGAUCGAGAAUUGACAAACCACGAAAUUGUAGUUACACGAUACUCUCUGAGGUUGGAGUUGGGAUUCAGGGUUGGAGUUUGUGGGGGCUGAAGCCAAAAGCUUAUUGUUUCAGCUGUAAUGUUUAGAAGGUCAGGUCUAAAGCUUUCAAGUUUCCAGUGGAUAUGUUUAUAGAGUGGAAAAUUCUGUAUCUGAACUCAAUUUUUUCUUCUCUUCAUUCUCAUUAGUGAAAAUGAUUCACAUUUUCGACUA